AUGAUUGAUUCUGAUCUGAUUGACGUGGAGUCACUCGAUUUUUCUGACGAUCAGACCUGGUUGUAUGUGUUGCCAGAUGAUGAGGGACAUAGAGUUGAUGUGAUAGAAUGGAAUCUUUCCUGUGAUUGGCCAAUCAAUGAGGACAGUGAAUAUUUAAAUUCAGAGAAAGAAUUGUAUUCCCUGUUAGAUAACCUACUCAGAAAUGACGAAAUCGCGUUGCCCGACAAACAUAAAUUCGACUCGAGGACCUACGUCAAGCCAAAGAAACGAUCUCAGAGGCCGAGCAUCCAGAGCAUCGUGGAGGUCGCGUCCAACCCGCCCUCCAUCACGUCCCACCCAUCGCUCAACCAGUCUGCCAACAAAUACCUGACGUACAACAAGUACAAUAACCCGCUGGGACCAAUCAGCCCCAUGAUUAGACUGAAGACCUUCAAUGUAGACACGAAUACCGAUAAUAGUGUCGCCGUCAAGGAAUACGCGAUGAAGAGGAAAAGCCUGGUGCAGGAUGAUGACCCACAGCUGGAGGAUCUGGAUGUGACACAGUCGUCUGGCGUGUCAGACCGGCUGUUUGGUCCCGUUGGCUCCAAACCAAUCAACAUAGACCUAUCGCAACCGGCCCACAACCUGCACAACACGUUCAACAAGGGCUUAACAAAUAUAUUGAAUGAACGCGGAAGUCUCAAUAUGUACCAAAGCGGGGAGUCGCUCAUGCGGAUGUCGCCACCGAGUCUCGUCUCUUCUCUGCUUAUGGAAAGCUCUGGAACGUUUAACGCCGAGUCACUAGAGAGUAGAAAGUCAAUGCCUUCACAUAAAGAUUCGGGUUUGCCAACGUCCGGCCGAGAUAGCAUCGACCCCAUGAUGACCAGCAUGACCCUAAGCAUAUUGGACGAGAAGGACAUGAGUACCAGUUUCCUGUCGCAGACCACCUACCCCGACAACGACAGCCUGAUAGACUCUCUGCCACCGAGCCUGGUCAACUCCGUUAACUCUUCGUACGUGAUCAACACGUCCAAAACCAAAUCCGACUCAACCGACUCCAACAUAUUCAGUUCGGCCACCUUCACGCACCUGGAGCAAUCCGAGCGGCUGCUCUCCGCCCGCCCAAGGUGCCAACUGUACAACAGCUACACGAAACGCGACUCCGGACUACGUAACACGGAAAGCUACACGAAGGCCCGCGAGGAGGCGUGCCAAAUAGACCAAUCGAAGAUACUAAACGAGAAUUUCGACAACAAGGACACGCCGAAACAGACGCGGCCCGGCGAGAUGAGCGAAACGAUCACGCUGCACUACAACAACAACAAGUACAAGCACAAAAACGCCGAGAAGGAGAACCUGAACGCGACAUUCGAAACGGACGACGCUUUCUACAAAGAGAACGGCGUUCAAAGGGCCGCGGAGCUAGGCAAGAACAGCCUCAACGUGACAAUAGACAAGCAGGAGUUGAACGAAAUAAAACAAGCGCGGCAAAAGCUGUCUCUGGCUCGAAGAGGCCUGCCAACCGAGCCCGACAGACCUCUACCUAACCAGGCCGAGCCGCCGAUAAAAACCAUACAGCUACCGAACCAGGUGAUAACGGUGCCGCGGCAGAGCAUGGAGAACGUGUCGGAGCUGCUGGCGAACAGGAGGUCCCUGAUCAACCAAGAGAGGCCCGAGGAGCCGACGAGGGACACGCCGAAGAGGAACGCGACGUUCCGCAAGCCCUCGCCGAAGCAGAGCGCGAUGGACACGACGGUCGUGUACGUGAAGGCGGACGAGAACCAAAUGAUAGACAUCAAUUCCGCGACUCUGAACCUCAUCGACACCGGCGAUAAGACUCUGCAGCAGGACGUAAGUAUAGCGCGCGCAGAAUACGGACAAGUCGCCUCCACGCCGCUAAUGGCCCUAAGGAAAGGCUCCAAGAGCGAAUUGUUGAACCUGCACACCACAAUAUCUCCGAUAUACGACACGAUAGACGACAAGUCCUACACGCUGACGAAGACGCAGAGCUCCGGCAUGGGGCGAACCUACGACCUCCACAACGCGACCGUGAUAAACAGCGCCACUAUGGUCAAGAAAAGUUCCGCGAAGAGGGACAUUCUGGCGGGGAAAGGGAGCCCCGAGAAGAGUAUAACGCCCCCCGCCGUAGUCAAGUCCCCCAGUAGGAUAUCGCCCACCAAUAUGGUUCCAGGACCUUACAGCUCAAUGGCGCCAACCAACCGGAUACCCGGUGGCAACCCUAGCGGGAUAACGGCGCCGCGCGCGCUCGUGGGGCGGACCAUGGUGCGACGGGGGGUGUACGCCUCCAACCCCGCGCUGAGCCCCACCGCCCCCGCCCCCGCCACCCCCUACGCCCCGCACCCCGCCGCCCCGCAAGUGGCGAGGGCACACCCGGCACCGCCCGUGCGCAGGGACUCCUACACCGUGGCCGUGGAUCAGAACCACCAGGAAGAGAGGGACAAGCAUACGCCGAAGCCAACGGUGCCGCCGCUGGUGCGUCAGGGCACGGAGACCUUGCGCAGGGAGCGGCCGCAAAGCCAGCUCGUCGCGCCGCGAGAUGUGAGCGAACAGGUCCGCAUCAGCGGCCACGUCGCCGGUGGCGGGCUGCCCGUGCCCUCGCGGUACCAACACCACUUGCCCCCCCCUACGUCGAGACCCUGUUCAACGGCGAGUGCAACCAUAACAAGGGUCUCUAGACCCAACUCUGUGCCCACCCAAAGACCAACGCCAGCGCCGGCGGCGGUCGACAGCCGGCCAGUGACGGCGGCGGAGACGCGCGUGUCCGCUCUGCCGCGCCCCUCGCGGCUGCCGGCGCCGCGGCGAGCGCUCAGACCACCAUCAGUAUACUCAGUGGCGCCGACGGCGGAUAUCGACCACUAC